AUGAGAAUUGAGGCAGCAUGCAUAGAUGGAGCUGCGAACAACAAAUGUUCGGAUUUGAGUGGUCAUUUGGUUCUGCGUUGUGACGAUAGUGUCAAAGAAUUGGAUCUCUUGGAGCUUGUUAGGUUUCGUAGGGGCAUUAUCGGAAUCCAGAAGGGCCCUGAUUCCUUCUCUCGCCUCUCCAAUUCCUUCUUCUGUUCGGGUGACGUAGUUCUGUUUGUUGAACGCGUGUUUAGGAAAGGGGUGUCUUUUUGGCAAAAUUGGUUGCUUAUUAGAGCUCGACUUGGUAUGAAGGUUUACAAUGACAUUUCUGUAUAUUAUCAGGCAAAAGAACCUGAAUAUACUAACAGGGAGUCAGGGUUUAAUGAAUCAUUUUUCACAAGGCUGGUUGUGAUUAAGGGUAUUAAUCCUGGAUUUAUAAGUGCAUCUGGUGGCAGUUCUGGUAUGGAAAUGUAUGAUGGUUCUGAAAGUCGAGAUGCAGAUGCUUAUUUGAUUGAAGGCACUAAUUUAAACUCAUAUCUGACAAACCCAAAUUUUGAACAAUUUCAAGUCAUGCUUAAUGAUGGAGCCCCUGAAUUUGUUGUUGAUCAGAACUUGUAUUACCCUUCUUCCACCAAUUAUGGGUAUUACUGUACAGGAUUUGAAUCACCCGGAGAAUGGGAGGACCACCAUAGGAUUUUUGGUGUAGAUGGUCCUGAUACUCAGUACACGGGUGUACAAAAUGAAAGUUUUCCAUAUGUAUAUUAUACACCUAGCUAUGGAUUUGCACAGUCUCCAUACAAUCCAUACAAUCCUUAUAUUCCUGGUGCAAUGAUUGGAGUUGAUGGUUCACUUGGAGGAGCACAGCAAUAUUACGCACUCCCCAAUUAUCAAAACUCUAUUUCUUCACCUGCUUAUAUUCCUUUUCUUGUUCAACCAGACAAUUUCCCUAAUAAUUCUGUUGACUCAUUGUUUAAUACCAGUGCUUCUGUCAGUAGACCUGAUGGAAAAGGUUUAAAACAUAAGUUCAAUUCAGCUUCCGGUGCCUUUAGUAGGAACCCUUCAAAAUCAUUGUCAAAGCACACAAGUUCCUUGGCCAGGAUAUCGGAAGGGCCAAGAGAUAAUUCUGGGAUAAAGAGAGAUGUGACAAGUGGCAUUGCUUCUAGCAAGGGUUUUAUAAAUUUUCCUUUGCCAGUUGACCAUCAGGCCAUAAGCAUUGAUGCCUUAACCCACCCUAUAGAUACUAUUUCCGAUGGAAAUGUUUUAUCCCAUCGUAAUCAAUUAAAAAUAGCUUCCCCGCUGAGUAGUGAAUUUUCUGAUUAUGGAUCUAAUGCUAAUGGACUGUCAGCAGUUGCCAAAUUUCGACCAAAGGCUCACACGGGUAUAGGAUGGAGUGAUGUAAAUGGAAGUUCUGAUGUUUUGGGUGAGCAAAAUCGGGGGCCAAGAAUUAGCAAUAGUAAAUCGAAAUACCAGCUGGCUGUCAAAGCCUAUACAAACAGAGGAGAUGGCAAUACACAAGAGAACAUAAUCAUUUAUACUGAUCAAUAUAACAGGGAGGAUUUCCCUGUGAACAAUGAAAAUGCAAAGUAUUUCGUCAUAAAAUCAUACAGUGAAGAUGAUGUGCACAAGAGCAUUAAAUAUAAUGUUUGGUCAUCCACACCGCAUGGAAACAAGAAGCUGCAGAAUGCUUAUGAAGAUGCUAUGAGAAUAGCUGCAGUAAAAUCCGGAGGCUGCCCUAUCUUUCUUUUGUUUUCUGUUAAUGCAAGCGGUCAAUUUUGUGGGGUUGCAGAGAUGGUUGGUCCUGUUGACUUCAAUAAGGACAUGGACUUUUGGCAGCAAGAUAAAUGGAGUGGGAGCUUCCCUGUGAAGUGGCACAUGAUAAAAGACGUACCAAACGCAAAUUUUAGGCAUAUUAUACUAGAGAACAAUGAGAACAAACCUGUUACUAAUAGCAGAGACACACAAGAGAUAAUGUAUGGUAAAGGUUUGGAAAUGCUGAAAAUAUUCAAAAACCAUAGUUUGAAGACAUCUUUGCUUGAUGACUUCAUGUAUUAUGAAAAUCGUCAGAAGAUCAUGCAAGAUGAAAAGGCCAAGUUGCUUGUAAAAUUUUUUGAAAAUCCAUUACCUUCAUUGGAACCACCUCGGAAGUUGAAUUUUGUCAUUGACAGCCCUCCAGUCAGUGUUGAGAAGAAUUCACAGAUGGAUGAUGAGUUUGCUCACUUAAAACAGAGUUCAAGUAGUGGACAUAUUGUUUGUAGUUCCGAGAUCACUAACACUGCUCCUGUAUAUGAAAAGGCGGAGGGGACGGUUGAGAAAGAAGAUAUCGCUUCUGUGUUUAAGAUUGGUUCAGUCACUAUUACCCCAAAACAAGUGGAGACAAAAGCAUCUUCCAUUAGUGUCACUAAGGAGCCGCCUGAUGUUUUCACAGUAGGCUCAAUGCAAGUCAAAGUUAAUGGAUCUGCCAAGUCUUCUAGUUUUUUGAACAUUGGGAGUAUCCCACUUGAUCCAAGAAAAGUACUGCUGGACGGAGCCACUCGCGUCAAGAAUGCAUCUUAA